ACAAAAAUCUUGAACAGCCCGAAGAGUAUCGCGUUAAACUUCAAAGAAUAUGUGGGAAAUUUUUCGACACGUCCUCGAUGAAUAUCCUUACCAAUGUUAUCAAAAAGAAAGAAGUAUUUAACAUCGCAUGUAUUGACAAAAAUGAACUUGUAUUGAUAUAUUCAACAUCUAAAAAAAGUCUAAACACUCAGAUUUGGAAUGCUGAGAAUUUGAAAGCCAAAGACGUCGGCAAUAGAUAUGAAAAGAAUUAUACAAAGAAGAAUGCGUACAAACCUGGACUUAAACCGAAUAAUUAUGCAACAUAUAACGCUAAACGUUAUCCAGUGAACAACGAAAAACUAUAUUCGGCCCAGGAUAGACUUAUGAAAUACCGGAAAACUGAAGAACCACAAAUUGUACACGAAUCAAAUAAAUUCAAACAAACCGAAAAUAGACAACAAUACAAAACCAAUAAUACACGUUAUUCAGCUCAAGACCGACUUAAACAGUACAAGGACACCGUUACUCCGAGAGAAACGCAGCCUAAACAGUGUGGCACAAAGAACACAGAUAUGAACCGAUAUGAAGUUAAAGUAAAAUACUGCAAAGAACGAAAUCUUAGCACUGACAUAACAACAAAAGACCUAUGUACUAAGAAACCAACAUUAAAACUAGGCGAGAUGCAAAAAAUAAUGAUAGUUCAAAAACGAACGAAGACAUGUUAUCUUGUACACACGAUGGAGAGUAGAAAGUCUGUUAUCACCUUGUGCGAAAAUCUACGCAAAAUUGAAAAUAACUUGAGACGUAUUCAAAAAGUUGAGAAGUACGACAUGUACUUGAUAUUUUUUGGCGCUGAAUGGUACCGUGGGAAAAUUAUGGACGAGACGAAUGAUGGUUUGUUAAAAAUUUACUUGCUUGACAUAUGAUGUUGUUUAACUGAAAAGAAGUCUAUGAGAUGUCAAAGCACUUUGAAGGAGAGUCUUUAUUAAUUGAAAUUGUCGUAACACCUCCGCCAAAAGAAAUGUUAACUACUGUUUAUGCUAACAUAGAAGCAAUAAAAACUAUUGGACUGAGUACGGUGGUGAAACUGAUUUGAUUAUAAAAUACUAUACAACCUUAUAACUCCUAUUCAUUUGCAUUCAACUGGCAAAUGUAUAUAUUCCUUAACGUUGUUAAUGGAAGUUUGUGCGCUGUCAAUGAUAUCCUUUUAUAUUAUAUAUAUUUUUUAGUUUCGAUGCGAAGCUGAAAAGGUAUUGGUUUUACUAUGAUGUGUUUUUUUUUUAUUUUUUUUUUUUUUUUAUAGAUGCUUGAUGUCUUUACUUAUCAUUUGGUAUAUUUUUUUUGUAAAUAUGACCUUUUUUCUGCCCACAGGGGUGGAUUUAAAAUGACAACUUUUUCAACUUAACUUAGGUCUGACGCUUUUAUAUAUACCUUAAAUUAAAGCUAAUGUAAUGUACUUUUAUUUAAAAAAAAAAAAUUUGACCUCUGGACUUGUCUUCAUGGUGAAAACGGCUACCGAAUGCUAUUUUUGUGUGAAAAUUUUCGAUUUUAUUAUUUAUAUUAUAUUUAACUUUAUAAUGCUAUAACUUAUUGAAAAGUUUAUGGAUCCACACAAUUUUUUUAUGAGAAAUAAUAUUUUUUAAUAAACCUUUUUUCAUUCGACAUACUUUAUCUUAAUCGAGAUAUUAAUAAGGAACCAGCAGAUCAAGUAGCUUUUGGAAUAAAACACCAAUUUUUUUAAAAUUAAACACUAUCUAAAGAUUUGCAUCGAAGCGUUUAUUUUUGAUAGUGAUUUUAAUCACUGUCAGAUAUCAUUAUACUUGAUCCAACUAUGCCACGUCACCACUGUGCCGCGACCCCCCUGUGCUGGGUUUUUUCAUAACGUUUAUUAUGAACUGUUUGCC